CGCAUGCGGGCGAGGCGACGCACUUCAUUGCGACCAAGUGCUUCGCGAGCGGCGGGAGGACUUUAUUAACAUUUUUUUUUAAUUUUUUUAAUUUUUUUUUUUAACGGGCUGGGAGAUGUCGACGUAGAUCCGUCGGUGUGAAUUAUACAAGACGUGGUGCGAUCGAGGGAAACGAGAUUGUUGGUGAAGAGGAUGAUGGAUCGUGCACGUGGAUGAUGAAGAAGAAGACCCCGGCGUGAAGGAUCUGCUGGAAGAAGACAAGGACUGUGCUCGGGGAGAUGUCGGACGGAGCCUCGUGCACCCAGGCAGCGCUGCUGUUCCCGCUCAAGGCCGGGAUGGCUCCCUUCCGCUCGGCCACGUCCGUGUACCGGGUGCAGGAGGAGGUGGACGGAGACCCGCCUCCAUCGGCGCUGCUGCGCGGCCGCCGGCGCUCCAGCAUGUCGGACAUCAGCAAGUUCCUGCAGCAGCACACGCUGAAGGUGUCUCCCGGCGGCGGCGGCGGCGGCGGCGGGGGCGGCGCCGGCUCUCUGCCGCAGAGCCCGUGCGCGUCGCGGCGCUCGGCCAGCCCGGCGUCGCGCGGCGGCAGCAUCGGCGACCUCAUGAACAUGAAGCGCUACGGCGGCGCGGAGGCGGCGGCGGCCUGGCAGCUGCGCGCCGAGACGGCGGUGGCGCGCGAGGUGCCGCUCGCGACGGUGGUUGGCGCGCGCCGCCGGCCCCCGGACCCGGAGGCCGCGGCCGCCCCCGGCGGCGGCGCCAUGAGCUGCUCCCAGCGCGCGGAGAAGUUCGCCAGGCUGCUGCGGCAGCAGCGGGACUCGGCCGACGUCUACCUGCCGACGGUAAGUACAUUGAACAACGUUUACCACUGAAGAUUCGGGUGAGUACUUCACAUUUUCUUGCAACAUCUUGUCUGGACAUGCAAAAAUUGUACAUGCUUUAUUUACAGGUGUGUCGCAGAAAUGUUACGAUGGAAAAAGGCUCUCUUCCCUAUAUAAUCGUUGUAGUUUACAAAAUACAAACAACAAAGGUUUAUUUUUAUUUUUUGACAGUUCCAGUUAAAUUUUAUAAUGAUUUUACCUGACUGUUAGUUUCAGAUCUAGUGACAUGCUCCAAGAACUUUAUUAAAAAUGAAUUAAUUUUUAGUUUUCAUACUUAGUGCAUUCAGCAUAUUAUUAAGGUGAGGUGUAUAAAUUUAAUUUAUUAAAGCUAAAAGGGGUUUAAAAUGGUAAUAAUUAAAAAUAAAAUAAAUAAGUACGUAUCUUUAUGUCGUUCACACGCAGUUAUUCAUUUGCAUUUUUAUACAAGAAUAUGAAUCAAUUUUGGUACAUACAUAAAUGGGUUAAUUAUUUCUCACACUUAUUUUUAUAACCAGAUGUUUCAAAAUGUUAAUUUUCAGUUUUGAAACCAACCAAGAUAGAUUAUUACAUCGAAAGACGUUAGUCUUCGGCAAUUAUUUAUAUUUCCCAAUAGUUGCUUAUACUAUAGAUUAAAUUGUAAUUGUUGGCAGAAAUCUUGUGUUUUACGAGUGAAAACCACGUCUUCUACAAAAAUCAGCUGUAUCUAAGAGAAUGUAGCCUACUUGGUUGAUUUCGGUAUGAUAGAAUUAUAAUUUUAACUGAGUGCUAAAUUAAACCAACUUUCGCUGCAAAUUCUUUACGGACGUCAAAAGAUUUAUUCGGUUUUUGUUUGUUGAAACAUAAUUCAAUUUUUGAAAUUCUUUUCGUGAUAUUUGCCCGUCAGGCUAUUAUUGGUAACAGGUAAUAUCACUGCAAUACAAUUUGUCUGAAGAAUAAAGAAGAUUUUAAAGAAGGUUUCCUGUUCUAGCUUGGAGAAACGGUAAGUUCAGCCAUUUAGUUACUUCACAAAAUGGUCUUUAACGUUGAAAAGUUAUUGUAUUAUAAUAAGACCGAAAAUUGUCCUUCCCUUUUCAAUAUUUGAAAAUAAAAAUUCCUAUUUAUUUGCAGACUUGAUCGAUGUUUACUUGGAAUAACAAAUUAGCACGUCUUUAUUAUU